GAGCUGGACCACCAGUACUCCCCGAGUCACUGGUCCCAUCGCAUGGACAAGGAUGCCGUGAUAGAGGCGCACGUCCGGGAGACCGCAGAAGGUACACGGAUGGCCCGGGCGGUGACGCACCCUGUGCUGAAUAUCCAAUAUGGAGACAGAGAGAGUGAGAAGAUGGACGUGUACUUCCCCGACCAGACGUGUGCGACCUCCCGAGAGAAAGGUUUUCCUCUGCUGGUUUAUAUUCAUGGAGGAUACUGGCAGUUCUUCAGUAAGGAAGAAUCCGGAUUCCUGGCGCCCCCUCUGGUGUCUUGUGGUAUUGCAGUGAUGGCGAUGGAUUACGAUAUCGCUCCUCGAGGUGACAUGGACCUCAUGGUGUCGCAGGUGAGACGCAGCAUUGUCGCCGUUCUCACGCGCUUCCCGCAGAUCACGGGCGUCUUCCUAUGUGGACACUCUGCCGGGGCCCACCUGGCCGCCAUGGCGCUGAGCACAGACUGGUCACAUUACGGGGUGACUCCGGAAAUUAGAGGGGCCCUUCUGGUCAGCGGAGUGUAUGACCUGCUCCCCAUCACCCACACCUAUGUCAAUGACGCCAUCGCCAUGUCCCGGCAGGUGGCGCUAAGGAACAGCCCCAUACAACUCACAGCCUUGCUGAAGAACAACGCCGACGACUGUCACGUGGUGAUUGCGGUCGCUGAACACGAUUCUCCGGAAUUCCACAGACAAUCUCGGGAAUAUUUCCAGAGUGUGGAGGAUUUGGAUCUCGCCGUCUCCUAUCAGCGGGUGGAAAACACGGAUCACUUUGAUGUCAUAGAACGCUUAUCUCAGGAGGGAUAUCUUCUCACUCAGCUCCUUCUAGAAAUGAUCUUGAAAAAGUGACAAAGACAUCAUCAGACCAAUAGGAGAUGAAUACCGGGGGCAUGUGAUCAAUGGGAGACGUAUACUGGGGACAUGUGAUCAAUGGGAGACGUAUACUGGGGGCAUGUGAUCAAUGGGAGACGUAUACUGGGGACAUGUGAUCAAUGGGAGAC